CCCCCCUCGCGGCAAUGACAGGGAUAGCUCCACCUGCGACAGGCGGGCAGUGCAACUUGGCAGCACCUUGAGCUGGCCGUGAUUGAGACUUAUUAAAAACCUCAUAAUCUCCCUCCUUUCUUCUCUAAAUCGCAAUAUGUAAGACAACAAUCGAGAAAUGCCUUAAAUGGUAAGGGUAGAAGACCAAACAAAGACUGCCCCAUCCGCAGCGAUGUCAGAGUACCUCAACCUCGCGUCGAUAGCGACGGAAACCACCACUGCUCCAUCACCUGAGAAAACAUUCACGAUCUUGCGGCACUCCAAAAAACGCAUCUUUACCUUUGAAUGCUCCCCCACCUCACCCGCCGAAUAUGCCAUCGCAGCAUCCAAAUCCCGUCCCCUCCUCCACCGCGGGCCCAUCCCCCUCCCCCCCCAAGCCGAAAGCCCCAGCACCACCUCCACCCUAUCCACAACCCCCAUCAUCGGCUCCCUCCGCUUCACCUCCUUCUGGAGCAAACUGGCGCUCUCCCUCGGCGACGGCGUAGCGCAGGUCGAGCAUAACCGCUCCGCUAAGCAUUUACGCAAGACUGAAGCGAGGAAGAGGAAAUGGAGACGCUGGUUUGGGAUGAAGGAACGCCCGGUGAGGGAGAUGGAGGAGGUGGAGGUGCUGGGACUCGUGUUGGGGGUGUGCAUGGAGAGGAGGCCGAGGGUGGGGAGGAGGGUGGGGUGGGUGUUUGAUGGGGUGGGGUAUGGGUGGUCGGGGACGAGGGAGAUGGCUAGGUCGUGGUUUAGGGGGGUUAGGGGGUAUAGUCAUGAUAUGAAGCUUGUGAGGACUUCCGAUCACGCUCUCAUUGCUACAUAUGAGAAGAAACACUUUGGUCGUAGCGCGGACCCUGGAAUGGAUAGGAAGGGCAAAAAGAGGCCCAUUGGGACACUGCGGAUAUAUCCCGCUGCGUACGAGCGUCCACAGACCGGCACUGUGGAGGACCUCGAUGGCGAGAGUACCCCAGGGGUCAGAUUGGCUCCCAAUCACACAACGGGCAGCAACAUAACCGGGACGCACACGGGCGACAUCUUUGAGGAGGCAGUAGUACUAUCAUGCUGGGCUGCGUUGGAAGCAGAGCACCGGAUUCGACAUACGAUACUGGACAUACUAAUAGCAAUUGCGGAGAAUGCUGGAGGAUAAUAAGCUGGUUGUUCAUAAAUCAAAUUGCAGUAUCGAUAUCCAACCCCGCCCCCUGACUAUUUUCAGACUUCCCUGCAGCACAAUGAACUUUUGAUAACCAGCGAUAACCAGCGCCGGUCACGUCUAAUUUCUAGGGCUGCCAG